CGGUAGAUUUAGCAGAGACCGUAGUUAAUCUAAAUGGAUUUUGUAUUCAGCUUUUCAAUCGGUAUCAUGUGCAAUAGCAGAACAUCUAUUAGUUCACUUUGUCUGUGUUUUUGCAAUAUAUAAAAACUGUUUUAAAAUGCACAGUCUGAAAGAAGGAGAAACGAAAUAUUUGUCAGUGUCACUUGUGUGGAGCGAGCGAUACAAGAAGCAUUUUUUUGACGCGACAUCAUGUAAUGUUGACGUGAUGAUUAACAAUUCAAAAUACUGAUAAAUGAAAUACCUUACAUUCUGAACUUGGACUAUAACAUAUCAAGAAACUGGAAAAGGUUACAACCAGAAAUACAUGUGUGCUGUCCUUGCGACACAGACGACGGCUGUGGUUAUCUUUCAGACUGGUUACACCCCCAGAACGCACAAACGUAUGGCAUGUGUGUACACGCAGCCUUCAAUCAACAAACAUCUAGCCUAUCAGAAAGUCUCCCAGAGUGAGGCCCAGGCAGGAGCCGGCUGCAGCGGAGCGGGGCACCAUGAUGGAGGGGGGCAUGCAGCUGCUGAACCGCGACGGCCACAGCAUCUCGCACAACUCCAAGCGCCACUACCACGACUCGUUCGUGUCCAUGAACAGGAUGCGCCAGCGCAGCUUACUCUGCGACAUCGUGCUGCACGUCUCCAACAAGGAGAUCAAGGCGCACAAGGUGGUGCUGGCAUCCUGCAGUCCCUACUUCCACGCCAUGUUUACAAAUGAGAUGUCGGAGAGUCGCCAGACCCACGUGACCCUGCAUGACAUUGACUCCCAGGCGUUGGAACAGCUGGUUCAGUAUGCCUACACGGCAGAAAUCGUGGUGGGGGAGGGAAACGUGCAGACCUUACUCCCUGCGGCCAGCCUGCUGCAGCUCAACGGGGUGAGGGACGCCUGCUGUAAGUUCCUCCUCAGCCAGCUGGACCCCUCUAACUGCCUGGGCAUCCGCGGCUUCGCAGACACGCACUCCUGCAGCGACCUGCUCAAGUCGGCGCACAAGUACGUCCUGCAGCACUUUGUGGAGGUGUCCAAGACCGAGGAGUUCACGCUGCUGCCACUGAAACAGGUAUUGGACCUGAUCUCCAGUGACAACCUGAACGUGCCGUCGGAAGAGGAGGUAUACCGGGCCGUGCUGAGCUGGGUCAAACACGACAUUGACGGGCGCAGGCAGCACGUUCCCUGGCUGAUGAAGUGUGUACGCCUGCCCCUACUGCGGAGGGAUUUCCUCAUGAGCAACGUGGACACGGAGCAGUUGGUGCGCCACCACUCGGAGUGCAAGGACCUGCUCAUCGAAGCCCUCAAGUACCACCUGAUGCCCGAGCAGAGGGGCGUGCUGAGCAACAGCCGCACCCGGCCUCGUCGCUGCGAGGGCGCCAGCCCCGUGCUCUUCGCCGUUGGUCAGUGUGCCCCAGAGGUUACCCACCAGGGUGGGGGCAGUCUGUUUGCCAUCCACGGCGACUGCGAGGCCUACGACACGCGGACAGACCGCUGGCACAUGGUGGCCUCUAUGUCCACCCGGCGGGCACGGGUGGGCGUGGCGGCCAUCGGAAACAAGCUGUACGCAGUGGGAGGGUAUGACGGUACCUCCGAUCUAGCGUCAGUGGAGUCCUACGACCCGGUCACCAACUCCUGGCAGCCCGAGGUUUCCAUGGGGACGCGGCGGAGCUGUCUGGGUGUGGCGGUGUUGCACGGCCUCCUGUACGCGGCCGGCGGCUACGACGGAGCUUCCUGCCUCAACAGUGCAGAGCGGUACGACCCUCUGACCAGUACCUGGACCUCCAUCGCUGCCAUGAGCACCCGAAGGAGAUAUGUCCGUGUGGCCACUCUGGAUGGUAGUCUGUAUGCAGUAGGAGGGUAUGACAGUUCCUCACACCUAGCUACAGUGGAGAAAUAUGAACCACAGAGCAACGCGUGGACGGCCAUCGCCAACAUGCUGAGCCGGCGCAGCAGUGCCGGGGUGGCUGUGCUGGAGGGGAUGCUCUACGUUGCCGGGGGAAAUGACGGCACCAGCUGCCUGAACUCAGUGGAGCGGUUCAACCCCAAGACCAAUGCCUGGGAGGGCGUGGCGCCCAUGAACAUACGCAGAAGUACCCAUGACCUUGUGGCCAUGGACGGCUGGCUGUACGCAGUGGGCGGCAACGACGGCAGCUCCAGCCUCAACUCCAUUGAGAAGUACAACCCGCGCAGCAACAAGUGGGUGGCGGCCUCCUGCAUGUUCACGCGACGCAGCAGCGUGGGCGUGGCCGUCCUGGAGCUGCUCAACUUCCCGCCGCCCUCGUCGCCCACGCUCUCCGUGUCCUCCACCAGCCUUUGACACGGGGCUAGGCUCCGGCUGACCUCAGCCCCCGCGUCGGUCACCGCCGCCCCCGCACAGCCAGGCCCAAGCAAGAGACGUAACUGCUCUGUAUGAAGGGGGGGAGGGAGGGAAGGGAGGGGGUGCAGUUAAAAAGAGAAGAGGUUGGAAGAGUGAGAGGUUGGAAGAGUGAAGGAUGGGGAGAGAGAGAAACACAGGGGUUGCUGGUGGAUCUUUUGCGGUCUCAUUUCCUGAGGUCUCGCUGUAUUACCGUAAAGAUACCAGCUCCUAGUCUCUUGAAGAACACGGUAGAGUUUUCCUUGGAUAAAGGUAAAAAAAUAAAUAAAAAGAUCCUCCCUUCAUCCCUCUUUCCCUUUGCAAUCCAACGCUUGAAACAGUCUCUGAAGACAGUCACUUUGUGUAUCAUGUGUACUGUAAAUGUCUUUUUUUUUGUUAUCACCAUUUUUGCAAUAAUAUAUAUAUAGAUAUUGAAAUGAAUUAUUUUAAUAAGGAAUGUAGCUAUAGGCUGGUUCUGCCAUGCAUGCAUAUCGUGUCCUGGCCGGAAGGAAUAAAAGUGUAUAGUGCUGCUAAAUGUGUCACACUAGGUGGCAGUAACGGCCAAUGUUGUUUACCGUCCAACCCCACAGACGCACAUGGGGAGGAGGGUGAAGUUACCCCUAGACGCUGAUCUUGGGUCAGUUUAGCAUUUUCCCCACUAAUGGUUAAGGUUAGGAUUGGGGAAGGGGAAGCUGAUCCUAGAUCUGUACCUAGGGGAAACUUCACACUGAAAAAUAGAUCUAUUGAUACUCGAUCUACCGUUACUCGAAACUGUAGAAUUUGUUUAAAUCCCUUUUUUAUAUAAAAAACAAUUACGUUGAAUUCUAUUUCUUAUUUAUUAAAUGUAAAACAAUCUAUAGCUAAUAUAUUCAGACAAUUUCAAAGAUGCUUUAUGAAAAGAAAAUGGACCACUGCUACAACUCAAGAGAGACGUAUUGUUUUUAUUUUGUUGCGUUAACUUUGUGCAUAUCGUGGAUGGAAGUGUGUCAGGGAGAAAGUCAAAGUGUGAAACUGUUAGUCAUUCAGUUUGUGCUUGAGAGUUGAGUGAUGAGAGCAUUGAUAAGGAUGUCUUAAACUGAAGACAAUAUCAGGGCCAUAUUCAUAAAGUAUCUCAGAGUAGGAAUUCUGAUCCCGGAUCAGGUCAUCCCUCUUAUUCUGAAUGAUUUAAAAGGCUAAACUGAUUCUAGAUCAGCACUCCUACUCUGAGACGCUUAACACAUACGGGACCCCGGUCAACUGAAAUAUCUCUGUAUUAUUUGUAACGGAAAACAGUUAAAAGAUAAAGGUUUAUUUUUUUCAUGCAGUGGUUCAUGUAACCAUGAGAGAAAGUAGCUGAUGCAUAUACAGGUCCUCAUGGAGAUUCUUCUGUGUGUUGGUACCUUGACUGAAAAUGUAGGUAUAUAUUUUUAAAAAAAAAUUUCAUUGCCUUGUCACUGCCACGAGCAUGACACCACCAAUGUCAUUAAUAGUUAGGGCAACUGAUGUCCAAUACUGUUGUGUGGAAGGCGACGGUAUGCAAGCUUGCUUGUCCACUAGCUAAUUAGAAGACCCUAAUUUACUGUAUAGAUCAUUAUCAUUCAUAAACACACACAGUGGUAUCACGCUUCUGGCAGCUUUGAAACGGCUUAAGUGCAUAAAGUUCAAGUUAGCAAGUUUAACACAAAUGACACCAAUCUGAACACUUGACACUGGUGCUGUCAUUUUGUCUUACGUACACUUCAGUUUGUACUCACCCAUACCUCAUCCGUGUGUUGUUGAAAAGCAUACAAAUGCACCACGCCAGGGUUGAUGUAGUAAACGUGUGACAACAUGUAAUAUAACUCUAAGCUCGAAUGAUACUCUGAAACACGUCAGUAAGGUAAUACCAGGACUCUUUGGAAGUUCGAAGGUGGAGUGGUUAAAAUAAUGAACCUAUUUGUACAAAGUUGAUACUGACUCUUUGCCUGAGGUGAAAGAGCUGCGUCAGCCAAGGUUACAAUAGACUACAACGGGUCCUAAUUUGAGUUCUACACUCAGUCAUGGUUAACUAGGUUCAAUAAAUAUGUAGCACAGUGUGAUAAGAUGUCAAACAUCUGAGAAGUCAUUUUUUUCUCCCUUUUUUAGAAGGAUUUUGUUGUUCUAGUUUGUUUUUCUGAAACAACCCAAUAUUGGUUAGUUGUAGAAAGGCCUCCUUCGAAAAAAAAAAGCUCUGUUUGUCUAAUACAGAUUAUUUCCUGCAAUUGUUCCCAAAGGGCAAAAGUGGUUGCACUGAUGUUUUUUGUGACAUCAUGGUCAGGUUGUAUACUGAUUGGACGUCUUUUUAGCAGCCAGAAAAGGACAUCUUUAACUAGUUGUAAUCUGAUAUCUGACCAUACAACCAGAAAACACAUUUACAACCAGAAAAAUAACUCAUUGUAACAUUCCAUGGCAAAUGUUACCUUCUGGGUUCGUGUGAACUCCUUAUGUACCAUGAGUGAAAUCUGCACUCAACCACACAAUACCUUGGCUUCCAUUUUGUUGAUUCAAAUGUAAAUCAGAAAUUACCCAAUUUCUUGGAUUAAAACAUUUGUGCGAUGUCAAUGUGACUGUAGCUUUUUCAGUUAACACAUUGUCACAUGCAUUGUUUAUUUAUAAUAUAUUAUGUUUGUUAUAUUUAUGAGGAAACUUGUAAAGUAAUUUUGCACUAUUGUGAAAAUGGAGCAAUACACUGUAUGGAAAAUAAAUAAAUCGCUGUUUUCCGGUGUGAGGA